GUCACCAUACACCGACGUGUUCAGCUCGCAGUGCGGUAGCUUUUCAUUCAGCCUGAUGGAGCUGUUGUUGUCUGCUCUCCUGGCACUUCAAGUGCUCAGUCUUUCUAGUGGCUACCCCAACGGGGCUCCCACGGGUGCCUGUGAGGACAUGAUGCCUCGCCACGCCGGGGUGCAGCCUCAGCCAUCGCCUGCGCCCUAUGUUGUUCUCACCAACUCCAAGACGUUCCAGCCAGGCCAGCCCGUCACAGUGACCAUCACUGGACCAGAAUACAGAGGUGUGCUUCUCGAAGCUCGAACAAAGGGCAGCAACAACGCUCUUGGGAACUGGAAUAAUCCACCUCCGGACACAAAGUUUCUUGAGUGCACCGGGAAUCCACAAGGAGCUGUUACUCAUUCCAACACCAACCUGAAGGGCAAUGCCACAGUAUACAGAUGGAUGCCACCCAACUCUACAAACCCUGUCUACUUCAUGGCCACAGUAGCUCAGCAGCGCGCAGUCUACUGGAUCAAUGUAAGAUCCAACCCUCUGACCAGAGGAGCGGCAGGAGGUCUCAAUUUGGCAACGGGUGCAAGUGCUGGAAUGGCUGACGGAAAGCCUCUGCUUCUCCUCGUGUUAGGUUCUCUCAUAUUACAGGUGCUGGCGUGAGCAAGAUGUGAAAACUGUAAUGCAUAAAAAUUCUGGCAAUCUAUUUCACUCUGACCGUUGAACGAUUUGACAGUCAAAAGGACUGUAUGCCUUAAUUAUCAAAUGAUGUCAGCCUUAUGGCUUAUAGAUGGCACAUGUACAUGAAUUUGAAAAUGCAUCACAGAGUUUCAUCCAUUGCUUUCAUGGUGUGUGUUCUGCCAUAUCUAUACUAUAUAACCAAACACGUGGAUGCGUGCAAAAUGCAAAUAUAAGACCAUGGUGAGUAACUUCCGCCUCUAUUUUAUUUGACACUUUACUUCAGCAUAGUGAAAUUGUGCAACAACAGGUGGGAUAUACCUGUUGUGUUUAAAACCCACUGGAAAUCUGCAAUUUGGCAAAGUGUGCGUUGUUGUGAAAAAGCUUGCUCCUUACAUAUUUUGCAUGGAUUGUUAUGAAGCUCCUUUAAUUUGAUUGUCUUAUUUCAUAUUUCUGUAUUGAUUGUAGGCUUAUGUGUGUAUCUCUGAUGAUCAAGUAAAUCAGUCACAUCUCACAAGAAAUACGAGACUUUUUUUUGAUCUUUAAAAAACAAUGUUUAGUAAGAUUUACCAGAGAACAUCACGGUCCUCUACAAAUGAAGAGAGAGAGAGAGAGAGAGAGAGAGAGAGAGAGAGAGAGAGAGAGAGAGAGAGAGAGAGAGAGGUUAGGGGGAACCAGUACCAAUGUGGUGGUUUGUUAUUGACUGGAAUUCAUUCAGCUAUUGAAGAGCACAGUAUGACCUGUUUUUUUCCACAUCAGUUGAUGUACAACCUAUAUUCCCAGUUUCGUGGUUAUGUAACCGAGGCAGAACUUAAAGAGGCUUACAAUGUGCAUUACAUGAUUUAAAGCUCAAAACCAUUUCCAUGAUUUCCUUUUUGACACAUGCUGCUGAGCAAUCAAACCAUCUGUGCACGAAACCAGAGGAGCAGGUGGACGUGGAAUCGUCUUUUACUACAGCGUGAAACAGCCUUACCAUGACAGGAAUAUGUAAAUGAUGGAGUUAAAAUGUUUCAAGAAUAUUACAUUUUUCGGCAAAAUAUCCAGAACAGCAGACACCUGAUCACAACAUGAUUGUUAUUAAAAUGAUGAUGAUGUGUGCACAGCUCUCUAUAACAAUAAAGGGCAGAUUUUGCGACAGAGAGGGA